AUGGUCAUUCUAAAUACAGAGCAGUCUGUUAUUCAGCAGAAACCUGGUGAAACAACGCGAGCGUUCUCACUUCAACAUGACGAUGAGUUUCUGGGCCGUGCGAAACAGACCGAAGCAUCCACGGACGUUGGACCUUACAUACCUUUCCCUGUUCCCGUAUUGGAGGACCUUCUUCCAAUAGAUAGGGACGCAGAGGACAAAUCGCUUUUGUCUAGACCGACAAUCGUGGCUAAAUUGAUCUCCUCAAGUCGUGCACUCGUAGAUGACCCUAAACAGGCGACUUAUCUACGAAACCGGGGCUUCUACGGCUACAUUCCUUGUGAACAGUUUUCCAAACCUGCACACGCGCAUGAAUCAGAGCGCUUUCCAAUUCCCUGUAGGUCUUUUAGCAGUGAGGAAGAGUCGGAUGAAGUCAUGUGUGGGGGCAGGUCGCCGGAUCUCGGAUCCAAUAGACCAGAAUCAACUGAGAAAGUUACAAACGAACAUGUCCAGAUGAUUUUGACUGAUGUAGAAAUACUGUUUCUUAUGCAUGGUCUUGGGUGUUUACAAAUCGUCCUACCGGAGCAGACGUUCUCUGCUGAUGAUGAUGAAAAGAUGAUAGUCAACAACUCCCUACGUUUGUGGUAUUACAUUUGCUCCGGUGCAAGCACUUCCGAGCCGUUCUUACACCCCACGCAAACUAGAGUGACAGACCCGAAAUUCCGAGAGAUGGAACUCGACUUCCUCAGACGAUAUGCCGCUUACUUGUAUUACCGCUCUCGUGGUUGGAUCGUUCGCCCUGGCCUCGCUCUAGGUGGCAUGCACUUCUUGCUGUAUGCAAACGGUCCAGCGUGGCGGCAUGCAGCCUUCGGUGUUGUGGUGGAUCGAACCGACAACGUCAGUCGUCAGCUCACUUGUGCAUCGAUUGCUGCUCAUGUCCGCGUUGCACAUUCGGUCGGUAAGCGGCUUAUCUUAUGUCGUGUUAGCCUUCCGGACCUGACAGAUUUUGAAAGUUUUCCUUGGAACGCAGUUCGACAGGCGAAAAUCCAAGAAACUCUGAUCGAUCAUUGGACGCCUGCCGGUAGAAAGACAUGA